AUGGGGUGCAAGCCUGCAGAGAAUAAGCCAAAACAGAAGCACAAGAAGGGGUUGUGGUCUCCUGACGAGGAUCACAAGCUUAGGAACUAUGUUCUCCACCAUGGCCAUGGCUGCUGGAGCUCUGUGCCCAUCAAUGCUGGGUUGAAGAGAAAUGGAAAGAGUUGCAGAUUAAGGUGGAUUAACUACUUGAGGCCAGGACUCAAGCGUGGAUCAUUUAGCCUGCAGGAGGAAGACACAAUCUUGACCCUUCAUGGCAUGUUAGGCAACAAGUGGUCGCAAAUUGCUCAGCACUUGCCUGGAAGGACAGAUAAUGAGAUCAAGAACUGCUGGCACUCUUAUCUUAAGAAGAAAGUGGCAAGAAUGGGGGAAACUGAAUCCCAGGUUAGAGGUGAAUCCUCUAGUAUGGGAAAUGGAGAUUCUUCUCCCCAAUCAUUGAAAUCGACUUCCCAGAAUUCCGGGUUGGAAUCGUUCGAGCAAAUGGAAGGAUCAUUGACAGAUACAGAUCAAUCUGACUCUGCAAAAGACACUCAGAAAAACAGCACCUUACCAAAGAUACUGUUUGCUGAAUGGCUUUCUCUAGAUCAGUUCAACAAUGGACAGGAGUUCCAGAACCCGAGCCUCGGGGUUCCUCCCAAGAACACUUUCGGGCACAAUGAUUUAGGGUUUCACGACGAUUUCUUGCAAGGCUUACUGUUGAACGAAGCCGCUGUUUAUGAUAAUAACAGCAACAACAACAACAUUCAGCCAGUGCCCGAUGACAUGUUGUUCCAACCGCAGUUGAAGUUCGAGGAUCAGAUUUCGGAUUCUGGAUUUCCCGAGUUUUUCUCGGGAGGAUUUGACAUAAAUGAUGACAUAUUGUACAUAUGAUGUGUUUAUCAGAAGCAAUUCCUGUCUUCCUGAGAAGAAUAACUUCUAAUUACACUGUCAGUGGUUAAGAAUGGAACUAAUAACACAGUAAGAGAAGGUCUAAUUAGCAGUUAUUCUUCUGAGUUCUGUCCAUUUGUACAAAGUCAAAACACAUUUCAUUUGUAAUAAGUUGAGACAUUUGAAUCAGCAUCUAAUGAUGUUCUUCAAAGUUC